AUUAUAAUGAUAAAUAAUGAGCCCAAACAAGGCAAUGGACAAUAUCAAACAAUAGAAAUAGUAUUUUCCCAUGAUUCCUUGCAGGUUAGAAACAUGGCGGAAGAAACAAGAGGCGGAACAAAUAAAAGACCAAGUAACAGUUCUACCUGCAAAGAAAUUGAAGAUGGAAUAAAACAGAUACUCUGUAUAAACACACCAGUUACUGAAGAUGACAAGAAACAGAGUGGUAACAUAUCAGUAGAUAGUAAACACGGAGAGGAUAACAAGACAAACUUUAGACAAGAUAAAAAGAAAAAAGAAAAGAAGAAAAAUGCCCAAAACACGGCUUGCAUUACACAAGAUGAACAGUCUUCUAAGUCAAAACAGAAAAAACAAAAGCUGAAGAAGAGCAAGCAAGUUGAAGGGGAUGAACCUGAAAAAAAUGCUAAAUUGCCAGUUGAAGAAGUUAAUCAAAAGUCUUCCAAGUCUGAAAGAGUGCCUACUGCAGAGACAGAAGAGAGGCAUCUUUGGGAAAGCAGUGAUUUUGUAAAACCAAGCGAGGAGGAAUUGAAAAAAUUGGAACUAGAGCAUAUAUUUCCCUUGAAAAAGAAAUCUGUACGGUUUCCUAAAGCCAGGUUUUUCUGCCGACUCUGCGAAUAUCAUUGUGACACUCUCCAGAUAUGUGCAAAUCACGCAAAGGACAACAGACACAGAAGGCUUAAAGGGCUGAAGGAAUCUAAUACCAUGCUAAGGCACUUGGCUCCUCCUUCAUCUGCACAUCUACAAGCAGUGGACAAAGCUCUAAAUAAAGUGCUAGAGAAACAGGCUUUGACACCACAAGAUAUACAGAAGAGGGAAAAUAUUACCAAGUCUCUGGAGGAAGUGAUUCAAACAAAGUUACCUGAUGUGUAUCUGCGUUUGUAUGGCAGCUCAGUGAAUGGAUUUGGCUUGAAGUCAAGUGAUUUGAACAUCGAUGUUGUUGUGGGCAGCAAUGCUAAUAUUGCAUAUGUUUUAAUGACAGCCUAUGAACUACUUAAGGAAAGUGCACUGUUUAACCAGGCUGUGAGUGAUUUUUCUGCCAAGAUUCCUUCCAUCUAUGUCCCUAUUGAUGGAGAGACUGCUAGAUGCCAACUCACUGUUCAUAAUGAGCUUUCCUUUGAAACCAGCCAGCUACUCCAGCUCUAUUCCAGAAUAGAUAAUAGGGUUGGAAAACUUGGUAUUUUGUUCAAAUACUGGGCAAAGUUGUGUAAAGCAGACCGUCAAGAUGCAGGGUCCUUGCCAUCAUAUGCAUUCAGUUUGUUGACUGUGUUCUUCUUACAACAACACAACCCACCAGUGUUACCAGUUUUACAAGAAGUUCUUCCAAAAGGAUGCAAAGAAAGACCACAAAAGAAGAUAGAUGGCAAGAAUUGUUGGUAUUUUGAAGAUAUAGACAAUUUGUCAAGUGUAUGGACCAGCAAGAACACCCAGUCCUUGGCAGAGCUCUGGUUGGAAAUGCUCAAAUUUUACAGCCUGAAUUUUGACAUAGGAAAUUAUGUAGUUUGUGUCAGACAGAAACAACUUGUCACUAGAGAUGAGAAGAAGUGGUCAAGCAAGAAAUUAGCCAUAGAAGACCCAUUUUCUGUGAAGAGAAAUGUUACAAGGUCAGUGAGCCACAGUCAAAUAUUCGAAUACAUCUAUGACAGACUGAGGGCUGCCUAUAAGUACUUUGGAAGUCCACAAUUCAAAGAUGGAAUCAAACCCAAAAUGAACAACUCUAAGGAAGGCAAGUCAAAAAAUAAGAUCUCAGAAAAAGUGAGUCAACACCUUAACACAGAAGAGCAGAAUAUCAGCACAUAUGCAGAAGAGGUAGUAGAGGAAAUAGUGAGUGGUGCCAUGCAAAAAGUUUCAGACUCUGAUACUAGAGCACAGCAAAUGCAGUAUAAAGAACCGUAUUCAGAACCUUCACAAAUUGUGCACUGUGAUUCUCUAGGGGAGUUUGCUGCAGGUUUGGUGCAAUCUAUUAUUCAGGAUGCCUUGAUGAUACGUCACAAGGAAUUCAAACUUUCCUCUAAUGGUGAAAGGGACCAUGGGUGUUUCACUGAGGAUGUGAAUGAAAAGAAAAUGUCCCUAGGAACUUCAGAUAAUGGGAUUGGUAAAAAUAAAACGAGUGACACCAAUAGAAAUUAUAUGUUUAUUGAAAAGGAAAAAAGAAAUGAUGGAAGCAGGAAUGAAAAGAACACAAGUGAUGAGUUGAAACAUAAUCUAGAUGCUCAGGGUGCUCUUGAAGGAAGCAAAGAUCAAAAGUCUUCAGACAGAGAGUCAGAAAAACUAGAUGUUGAAGAUUACAACUAUGUUUUCAGUGAAGAAACUCUAACAGAUGGAAAGGGACCAGGAGUGAUGUGUGCAAUAUGCCUUCAAGAGGGACAUCUUAAACAACACUGUCCUGAGGAGACCCUACCUGAGCUCCAACCUCUUCCUCCUCUCACAAAACCUUACAUCAAACUGCUGGACAGUGUACUUCAGCAGGUGCCUGAUGACUUUGCACCCACAGACAGAGAAGUUAAUGAAAGAAACCAAAUCCUGAGGGAGUUGGAGGAUUACAUACGGGAGCAGUACCCCAAUGCCAGGCUCCAACUCUUUGGCUCUUCCUGUAAUGGCUUUGGGUUCCAGCAUAGUGACCUCGACAUCUGUAUGACCUUUGUUAAUCACAAAACAGCAGAGGGUAUAAACUGUGUAGAAAUCAUUGAGGACUUGGCAAAGAUCCUAAAGAAACACAGAGGCGUGUAUAAUGUUAUCGCCAUCACCACUGCCAAGGUCCCUAUUGUCAAAUUCAAGCACAGGAAGAGCCAGCUAGAGGCAGAUAUUAGUUUGUACAAUACGUUGGCCCAGCAUAACACCCGGCUGCUGCAGCUGUACUCUGAGUUAGAUGAAAGAGUGAAGAUUAUUGGCUAUGUCAUGAAGGUCUUUGCAAAGAUCUGUGAUAUAGGUGAUGCCAGCAGGGGGAGCCUCUCUUCCUAUGCCUAUGUCUUGAUGGUCCUGUAUUUUCUACAGCAAAGAAAGCCACCAGUCAUACCUGUGCUGCAAGAGAUGUAUGAUCCCAGUACCAGUAAGCCUGAGGUUAUAGUGGAUGGCUGUAAUGCUUGGUUCUUCCAGAAUGUCAGCCACAGAACUUUGAGCCAGCAUUGGUCCAGUGCAGGGCAGAACAGGGAGUCCGUGACAGAGCUCUGGAUAGGACUGCUGAGGUUCUACACUGAGGAAUUCAACUUUAGAGAGCAUGUUAUCAGCAUCAGGCAGCUCAAACCUCUGACAAGGUUUGAGAAGAUGUGGAAUGGGACUUGUAUUGCUAUUGAAGAUCCCUUUGAUCUGAGUCACAAUCUAGGGGCUGGCUUGUCUAGGAAGAUGAAUACCUUUAUCCGGAAGGCAUUAAUCAAUGGCCGAAGACACUUUGGAAAACCAGUUAAGGAAAUCCCACGUGCUUACAGAUCUAUACAGGACUACUUUUUUGAUGUUGACUAUCUGACUGAUGGCCAACCACCCAAUGAUAGAGGAUGUAGAGUGUGUGGGAAAAUAGGACAUUUUGCCAAAGAAUGCCCCAUAGUUGUCAAUAGGAAAGAAAGGGAACAGAGAGAGAGAAAAGAAAGCCAGGAAAGAAAAAGGAAAGCUGACAGAGAAGGGGAAGACGGAUCUCAUAGAAAUGAUCAGCAAAGAAAUAACAACAAUAACAGGAACAGGGGUGGUUCUGCUCCAAUUUCUAUCCCAAGAGCAGGUCACUAUCAAGGUCAGCAAAAUACUCCUCCGACACAAAACUCACCUGGAGGACUUCUAUUCUACAACUCUUCCAUGAUGCACUCACCUCCUAACCCGGCCUACAAUCAGGUGCCCAGGCAAAUCCAUCAGUCUCCAGGCAGAGAGUUUUAUAACCUCCCUCCGCAAGCACAGCAAUUCCCACAGAACCAACAGUACCAGCAGCAGAGGAACCAGCGACAUUAUCAUCAAGGUUCCCCACAGCAGCAGCAACAGCAGCACCAGCAUGGAGUGGUACACCAACAUCAACAGAAUCCGUUCCAGCAAGCACACUGGUAUCAGCAAAGACAGCAGUAUUUUAUGGCACAGAGGCAACAACAGCAUGGACCACAGCAGCAGCAGCAGCAGCAGAAGUUACAGCCACAGAAGCAGUAUAUGCUACCCACUCGUGGUACAGAACCACCUCAGCAGAGUGGGAGAGCACAAUCUGCUGACCCCAGACAUAUCUCCAGGGAGGACAAUACUGGAAACUUAGUGAUUACUGCCCCUAAUAUCCGGUACAACCAACAGCAGCAGGUAACACGAGGCUGGCCUCAGGGGGGGAACCCCUGUGGACCCCAGGGAAAUAACCCAGGGAUGGUGCCUGGGAAGUCAGCACCUGUUGUACAAAGAAUAUUCAACAGGCGAUAGCAGUGUCUGAAAGCAUACUGCACUGUUUCUAGACUUCAAACAUAAUCGUUUGAAAAUGAUUUUUAUUUUUAUUAUUUUUAUUAUCAUUUUUUAUUUGUCAAACUCAGAUUGGGACAUUUUGAAAAUUUUUUAGUGGAUGCAGGUUUUGUAUUCUUUGUAUCGAUAUUUGUUGAAGAAUGCAUAGUUUGUAUGUCUAUACUUUUUAAGUUUCUUUAAACAAAAAUUAAGAAUUUAAAAUAAAUAUAUUUUAGACAUUUGUGCUUUCUUGAGAUACGGAUAUCACCACAAAAAUUGUAAAUCACUUUUACAUGAUUGUUUAAGAAAACUUGACAAUAAGAUAUAUUUGUAUGUUUUAUAAUUUAAUUUAUUAUUUCUUUUAAUGAAAUAUUUGGAGUGCUUUGAAUGUGGUAAAAGAGAGUGAUAAUAAAAUGUAAUUAAAAAAGUCAUCUUCCAUUAUUGUAAGAUCUUCUGAAAAAUGAAACGGAACAGUAUUCAUUCUAAGCAAGAGUACAUUUUUCUGACCCAGUUCUAAAUUAUCUGAAUUGCUCCUGUUCGCAUUUUCAUUAGUUCUUUUGCUUUCCCCAGCGAAGGGAUUAACUUGGUUUAACUGUGUGGAACUUUAUCUUUAUAGGGAGCAUCAAA